AUGGCCCGCUUCGCUCUCACCGCCGCCGCAAUCCUUUCGCUCGCCUCGCUCGCAGCCGCGCAAGACCUUCGCGUCAACACCCCCUCCCAGAUCUACUCGUGCCAGCCCGCCGCCUUCACCUACACCUGCCCCAACACUCCCUGCACCAUCGUCGCUCGCCCAUCGAAGGACCAGUCUUCGAUCCUCGAGAACUUGGGCGACGUCUCGGACAAGUCAGGAAGCGUGUCCUGGAAGCCGGUCGACGUCGCUGAGGGCACGAGUGUUACGCUGUGGAUUACCGACGCGAACGGCAACACCAUCUCGUCUGCCGCCAUCACUGUCGCGCAGGGAACGAGCACCUCUUGCUUGUCCGGUUCGUCUGGCUCGUCCGGCUCGUCGGACUCGUCGGCUUCGUCUGGUGCAUCGGGCUCGUCGCAUGCGUCGGCGGCCACCAAGGCAGCGUCCACAUCGGCCUCGAGCAUGAUCAAGUCCGCUGCGUCGGCUGCUUCGCAGACUGCCUCGCAGGCCGGCGCUGCCGCCGCGUCGAUUAGUGGAUCUGCUAACUCGACCAACAGCAGUCCUUCCGCUUCGGCUUCUGCCGGCUCGGGCGCUGGCAGCGGAGCAGGCAUCAACGCCGUCGUCAAGACCUCCCUCCUCGCAGUGGUCCUCGUCGGCUCUGCCGCGAUCCUCGCCUAG